AUGGUGCAGCUCCUCCAGAGACGCGUGGUCGACGUGGUGACGCAGUCGCUGGUGGAGAUCCAAGUGGAUCGCAAGCCGUCGCCCACGCCGUUGGCCGUGCAAGUGUUGCGCUUCCGUCCCGAGGAAAAGGAGGCGGCCACGUCCCUCAAGAGGACGCGCUUCGUGUACGAGAUUGAGACGUGCCACCAGGAGACCGGCGACAUCUACCGCAUGGAGCGCCGCUUCCGCGAGUUCAAGCGGCUGCGCGAGGCAUUGCUGCUCGAAUGUCGCGACUGCCCCGCGUGCCACCCGUUCUUCGAGCAGCUCAAGAAGUCGCGUCUACCUGCGCGGCAGAUGGUCGUGCUGGACGUGAACAAGUACGGAGCCUCGCGCAUGCUGGAGCUCACGCAUUUCCUGCGGGACCUUGUGCGUCUGGUAGCGCAGGACGCUCACCACUGUCCUCGCCACGGCCUGGACAUCGACAAGUCCGUGGGACUAUUCCUCGGACUCGACUCAGUCAGCGAAGCUCUCGACAGCGUUGCAGAAUCCACUCUAGCGAUGCAAAUGGGGCCACUCAAGACACGCCAGGAUCGGAUUGACUUCCGCGCAGCUUCCAUGCCCGACAUGCGCUUCUCGUCCUCGUCAGUGCGUCUGUCCGACAACUCGCUGCGGCGCAUUCGGGCGCGAGGGUACUCGGAGGUUGGGAAUAUUCGCGUUCUACAGGCGACUCCACGAGGAUAG